GUUGCUCGGCUUCGAGCUGGAACUCAACGGCGAAACCAGCCAGGCGAAACCAGCCCCAGGCGAAACCAGCGGUUGCCCAGAGCCUGGAGGAAAGAACAGAAAUAGCCCAAACAGAACCUGUCCUAGUCAAACGUUUGGACUCCUGGGCGCGAUCCGGAAGGCACCUGCCACAGGGCGCACGGGCGAGAGGAGAUGCUCGCUCCGAGAAGGUUGUGACGCACUGUACCUUGGGUGCGGGGCAUCAGCGCAACGCCGCCAUGUACCCAUGAGGUCGCAGACUAGUGAACCAGACCAUGUACCCAUGAGGUCGCAGACUAGUGAACCAGACCGCGAGGCCAUGUCGUGUGUUUGUCAACGGGGUGGCAAUCAACUUGGGCUGGCGAAGGGUGCACCUUUCGUGCGCGUGUUGGUCCCGCGGUGGCAACUCAAAGUCCGUUCAGGACCCUUUAAAAGGGAAAUGUCCUGUAAUCCUCGAACUCCGCCCAUUGCCGUCCGCCCAGAUUUCCCGUCCACGAUGUCCUGGUUGUCUCGGAAACGGUCCUACCGAACCCGCCGCCGCAGACGCAGCAGGCAUCGUUGGCAGUCAUGCCAAGGUUCUCGGACUCGGAGCAGGCGCUUUUGACCAACAACUCCCGCUCGUAGAACCUGCACGUGUGGCCCUGCCCGUCGGACCAGAUCUCCUGAUGGGCUCGGCUGCCAAUCGAAGCACUCGGUGGUCGAGGUUCUCGUGACCGUGGUAGUCUGCGUGUAGCGGACCCCGCCACCGCACGCGCAGCAGGCCUCGCGUGCUGUCCUGUUGAAGUUCAGGCUCUGCACCGAGCCAAACUCUCCACAGUAGUCACCGCCACCAUCGGUGGCAUACCUGCACCAUUUGCAGUCGUACUCCGCCCCGAGCGAGUCGUACCACUUGUCCGCAUCCUCGGGAACGUAAUCAGCGCAGAGAGCCAGAGUCGUCAGCGUGCCCGAGGUCGACGAGGUUGUGGCCGACGUGCUCGUGGACGUGUUGGACCGACUGGACGUGCUGGACACGGCAGUAACGCUGGUCGAGCUCGACAAGCUGAGGGUUGACGAAGUACGGCUGGAAGUGGUUGCGCUGGCCGACGACGUGACGCUCCCCGUCGUCGACGUUACCGUCAUCGACGUCGUGGAGCCAGAAGUGGUGACCGUGUGGCUGGAGGUGGAUGUGAUCGUUGCAGUGAUUGUGAUGGCCGUGGACGUUGAGCUCCCGGUGGACGUCGUGUUGGUCGCGGUCUUGCCAGUGCCGCCGCUGCACACGCAGCAGACCUCCUGUGCUGUGUACCCGAAAUUUGGAUACAGGGCGCCCUCGCUGGUGCAGAAGUCGGCAUGGGCAUAGAACCUGCAAUUGUACAGUGUCCCCCUGGAAUCGUACCAGUAGCCUCCUGCUCCGGCGGGGACCAUGUCGACACACCGCGUGGUGGUCGUGUACGUCCCGGUGGUGGUCGACGCGAUGUUCACCCCGCCGCCGCACGCGCAGCAUGCCUCGUCCGCCGUCCGAUCGAAAUUCUCAAAGUCCUCCCCCGUGCCACAAAGACCGUGCGCCUCGUAAAAAUCGCACCCGAAUGCUGGCCCCGUGGAGUCGUACCACGCGGACUCCGAAAGCCCGACCAUCAGAGGAACCCAAUCCUCACAGCGUGUAAGAGUGGAGGCAGUGGUGCCAGUGGUCGACGAGUGCGUGGUCGUAGACGUAGAGGAAGUUGAUGACGUGAACGUGGUGGAAGAGGAAAAGCUGGACGUGUCGGUGACACCCGUUGUGCUGCUCGUGAACGAGGUGCUGCUGCUGGUAGUAUUCGUGAGCGUGAUUUGCGUGGAGGUGUAACCCGUCCCGCCGCCGCAAUAACAGCAGGCCUCUGAGGCAGUAUGCCCGAAGCUGGGCACGGAUGCGAUGCUGUCCUGGCAGAAGUACGCAAGGUAGCCGCAGUCCUGGCUCGUGCUCCCGACGUACCAGUGGUCUUCUGAAGCAGGCCUCCAGUCCACGCAGUACGAAGACGUGGUGCUGGUGGUCCGAGAGCUCGUCUCCGUCGUGGUGGAAAACCCGUUCACCCCGCCGCCGCAGACGCAGCAAGCCACGCUCGCUGUCAUGCCGUAAUUGGCGAACUUGGUCGCAGAGGUCGUGCACAGGUCGUUUGUGUAAUCCAUAAAAAGAACACGUGUAGCCGUUGCUGUCUUCCCAGCCAGCCACUCCAGCAUACCCAAACAGCGCGGGCACAACGUCCAUGCACGGUGUGGCAGUCGAUGUGCUGGAGGUGCUGGAAGUGCUGGUGACUGACAAGCUUGUGAUGGACGUAGUGCUACCUGACGUGGUAGUUUUCGAAGUGCUAGCGCUGGUGACAGAAAGACUCGUGCCCGAUAGGGUGCUGAGUGAUGUGGUACUGUGUGAUGUGGUGCUCCCUGAUGUGGUGCUGACUGAAGAGGUGGUGAUUGAAGUGCUAGUGCUUGUGACUGAGAGGCUCGUGCCUGUUGCGGUGCUGCUCGAUGUGAAGCUGCAGGAUGUGGUGCUGAUUGAUGUGGUGCUGACAGAUGUGGUGCUGCCUGAAGACGUGGUGAGUGAGGCGCUCGUGCCUGUAACUGAGAGGCUUGUACCUGAUGUGGUGCUGCGUGAAGUGGAACUGCCGGAAGUGUGGGUAACUGAGGUUUGAGUUACUGUACCUGAUGUUGUGCUGACUGAUGUGGUGGUGAUCGAAGAGCUCGUUCCUGUGCGCGUUGUCGAAGAGGUGGUGUGCGUCGAGGUGGAGGACUUCACGCAAUAGUCAAUCGAGCACUUCGUAAAACAAUAUAGCCCUAUUUCGGAGGUUGGGUAACUGCAGUCCGUUGGGAGGAGAUUCUCACAGGCGUAGCAUUCUGGCUCCUGCGUCAGGGUGCAGGCGUCGCAGUACUGGUCGCAGCUUCCUGGCGAGUUGGCCCACGUGGCGCAGUCCAACACGGCGCACGUAGCAGACGUCUGGGUGUCGGUCGCCUGGUAGCAGUUCGUAGCCGAAGCGUUCGGACAGGUACCUGUGGUGCUGAUGCUACAAGUUGUGCUGCAGACGCCUUCCAUCUCGCACCCCUGGCAGAACAUCGUGGUACAAUCGCCUGUCCAGUCGCUGCAGUAAGCCGACACGUCUGAGCAGAUGGUGCUCGACGAUCUACCCUCUGAGCGCGAUGCUGGAAACCGGCAACCGUACGCCACCACCUGCCUUGGACAAGCCAGUUCUCAGCCCUGGACUUCGGGGAUGGACAGACCCCCC